UCCGGGCCGGCCCGCCACCCCCGGCGGCCCCCUGGGCCCCGAGCCGCGGAGGAGGCGGAGGAAGCGCAGGCGAGUGCGGCAGAAGGAGCCGCAGCGACACACACACAGACACACACACACACACACCCCCCUACCCCUGCCCCAGUCCGUUGUGCCCGUGUCCCGCCGGGACCCCGCUGUGGGAGGGCCCCUGCCCUCCCCCGUAACCGCCGUCCGCGCCGCCUGACUCACGUCCGUUACCGGGCUUGGGCGGCAGGAGGCGGACCCGGGGACCAGGCCUGCUCCUCACCUCGCUACCUCUGCCCCAGAGCGGCUUUUCAGGGACCAUCCGAGCCCAAAAAUAAAUGAUCUUUCCCUUAAAUUGUUCCAGUAAUCCCAAGUGUGACAUGCCCAGGGCAGGGCCCUGUUAAGGACCCCGCUGCCACGUCACCUCACAGCUGGCUGGGCCCGUUGGCUCCUGUUUUGCCCGUUAGCUCUUGUGUCGCAGCCAUCUCCUGCCUGCCUGCGCCUGGGACGGGGCCUGGCUCCUCGCUGAGCACCUGCUCUGUCGUCUCUCCAUUCCAGUGUUCCUUCCAUCAACCUGACCAGCUGCAAGUACGAGAGUGGUAAGUCCGAGGUGCUACCGGGCGUCCCUGCAGAUCAGCCCAUCAGGCUCUGUGGGUGCCCGAUCAUUGCAUUCGGUACGAAUUUCCACCACACAGUCGCUUUCAGUUUAUUCAUUGGUUGUGAGUGACUUGGGCUCCUGUGGAAAGUAGGAGGUUUUUCACACCUUGGACUGAGGUGCCCUCUGGUUUAAAGAGACACAAACUGUGCAAGCCCUCACCCCUCUGUACAUCUGCAUUCGCCACACAUUUGCCAAAACAGUCAAAAAGGGUUUAGUUAGGGGCAGUUACAAUAAAGGACUGGUACCUGCGCCUGGAGAAAUGGCGUGAGAGCCCUCAGCUGUUUAACAUAAAGCCAGUGAUGGAACAGACAGGACCGGUACCCAGAACCUCUCAUCUCCAGGGAGCUGGUCCCCUCUCCUGUCUUGCUUUUCUUUGCUGCCACAAACUGUUUCUUAAAAGAACAGACUCCUGUCUUCUGAUGGAUGCUUUUAGCCAAUUUGCUAAUGACUGUUCUAGCAGUGCAACUGCAUUUGCGUGUUGCUGAAGGUCACAGCUUGGUCAGCUGUGCAAGGGACAGGGACAGGAGCCAUGUGUUUUGCCUCAGGCCAUGCUUGGGCAGUCUGGAGGCGGCAGGGCGGAUGGGGACCUGCAAGUGGGGGUGGUGUGGCAGCAUGGGCACCGCAGGUCCCAGUGUCACAGUGGUUCCUGGCAUGCAUUGGCCUUCAUUGCCUCCCCAGCCCCCUGAGAGGCCAAAUUCAGAAGUGGCACUAACAUAAACCAUCCCAGCAGCAACCUUCUGCUCCAGAGCUUUUGUCUUAUGCUGCCAAAUAGCUUUUGAGUUCAGAGAUGAGACUCAUCCCUUCAGAAGACUUGUAUCUGCCCAUGCGGCAUCAGACCCACAGUGAUUCCAGCCUGAUGUAGUUCAGGAGGUGCUGUGGUACCCCAUGGCAUGUGGCUUAGGGGGCUGAUGUCUCUUAGUACAGAGGCUGGGGUGAGUUUAGUUGGGUUUCUGACACCUCCUGAAGGGUCCCAACAAUACCUUGCAUCUCCGAGAGUGGAACUGCAGCCUGGCGAGGUUUGUUCCACACUCUGUCCCUGAUUAUUUUGGGGAUUUAACAGUUCCUGGCGCUUACAUCCUCUGCCUGGCCCCUGUUGUGUGCUUGCUCUGGUACAGUGCGGCGGGCAGCACGGUGCUGUGGGCUGAAAGAGGUGGGAGAAGACGAGGAGUGGACGGUGUAUUGGACGGACUACUCAGUCUCUCUGGAGCGCGUCAUGGAAAUGAAGCGGUUUCAGAAAAUCAACCAUUUUCCAGGCAUGAUAGAGAUCUGCCGUAAGGACUUGUUGGCUCGCAACCUUAACCGCAUGCUCAGGCUCUUCCCCAAGGAGUACAAUAUAUUUCCCCGCACUUGGUGCCUGCCAGCUGACUAUGGCGAUUUCCAGGCCUACAGACGCAUGAGGAGAAACAGAACAUUCAUCUGCAAACCAGACAGCGGCUGCCAAGGAAGAGGGAUCUUCAUAACGCACAAUCCUGAGGAGAUCAAACAUGGAGAGCGCAUGAUCUGUCAGCAGUAUAUCUCUAAGCCUUUCCUUAUUGACGGCUUUAAAUUUGACAUGCGGAUCUACGUGCUGGUCACAUCUUGUGACCCGCUGAGGAUUUUUGUCUACAAGGAGGGUCUGGCCCGGUUUGCCACCAUGAGGUACAUCGAUCCCAGCAGCAGAAACCUGGGUGAUAUCUGCAUGCAUUUGACCAAUUACGCCAUCAACAAACAUAAUGAAAACUUCAUCCAGGAUGACACAAUAGGCAGUAAGAGGAAACUGUCCACCCUGAAUGCCUGGAUGAGGGAUAACAGCUACAACACAACAAAACUCUGGGAAAAUAUUGAAGAUAUCAUUAUAAAGACUCUCAUUUCAGCUCACCCCGUUGUGAAGCACAAUUACCAAAGCUGCUUUCCGAACCACACGACUGGCUGCGCCUGCUUUGAGAUACUCGGUUUUGAUAUUUUGCUGGACAGAAAGUUGAAGCCGUGGCUGCUAGAGGUGAACCACUCUCCCAGCUUCACCACAGACUCUCAGCUAGACCGUGAGGUGAAGGAUGCUCUUCUCUGUGAUACUAUCAACCUGAUAAACGUGCAUGCCUGUAACAAAAGGAAGGUGCUGGAGGAAGAUAAACAGCGGGCAAAGGAGCGGCUCCUCCGGGCCCAUCAGACUCUCCAUGCCUCUAGACGUGAGGAGUUAGAGAGCAACCAGGCAGCCUGGCUCUCCCAGGCAGAGAAGUAUGAGAACGCGCACCUGGGUGGCUACCGACGCAUUUAUCCAGCAUGUGGGACGGAGAAGUAUGAGCCAUUUUUCAAGCAGAGCAGCUCCCUCUUCCAGGAAACGGUGGCAUCCAGAGCACGGGAGGAGUGUGCCAGGCAGCAACUGGAGGAAAUUCGCCUGAAAAAAGAGAAGUUGGAAGCUCUUACCAGGAAGAAGAAAAUGAAGAGGAAAGACCUGCAUGGAGAGUCAGCUGGGGACAAAUCCCAGAUCCAUAAUAAAACCACAGCUCCUACAACCCGCCUCACCAAGGGGUGGGACAGAAAGCGCACACAGUACGACUCUACGCAACCCCAGGAUAUCGUGGAACAUGAGGAGAAGAAAAGAGUGAAUGCUCUUCUGCAGCGUGAGAACCUUAUCCGAGGGAUGGGCAUCGUAGAUCAGCUCUCCCUGCUGCUCCCCACAGCCGAUAGACUGGCCGACACCCCGACAUCCUGCACCAUUAUCUCCAGGACCCAGCCGCAGCUUGUCUGGGACGUGCUCAGGGACUGUGACGGCCACCGCUUAACAACGCUUGUCCCCCUCUCACUGCUGGGGGCCCCGGCCUGGCCCUCAACACGGCGGUUCUUACGCCACCCCAGAGCCAGCACCGAGCUGCCGGCUGGCUUGGGCUCGCAUCCUGCUGCCACGGGCCCCCUCUCUGUUCGAGGCUGGGGCAUCCCUUCCCGGGAGCAGCUUGGGGUGCAAGAUGGGCGCUGGCUGCGGGGCCAGAUGGCGGCGGUGACCCAGCCCUGCACUGAACCCAGGGGGCUGCAGGUGAGAGGCCGGUGGCUCCCUGGUGCUAGCAGCACGGCCGAAGGCUGUGAGUACACGUUUUACCUCCCUUUGGCUCUGGCAGCAGGGAGGCCCAAGAUGCCUGGGGGCUGCAGAUGUUCCCUGGCUUGCUGGGGUGUGGGGAGCAGGGGGGCUGGAGUCCCUGGGAAGCCCCUGGGAAGCUCACGCCCUGCAGAGAGGUGAUCGCUGGAAGUCUCUGCCCGAGGCCGGUAGCAUCCUUUUGCAGGGGCGAGGAAGAGAGCGGGAGGUCUCCUGGGACCAAGGGUGGGUGUGCUGGGAUGGGGGAGCCUGGGAAGCCCCCAAAUACUUGAGGGUCGGGUCAGAAACACCGUCAGACCCACAGAGCCGCCAGUG